AUGGAAAACCCUCCAGCCUAUUACGAUGUUAAGAAUAUGCCACCACAGCCACCGUAUCCUGUAGAUUUGCAAAUGCCGACACCAUAUGGCGUUACUGGACCAGGCUAUCCUCAGACUAGUAAUUAUCAGACAACAAAUUUCCCUGCUCCAAAUUAUUUUCCAGGACAGGGCAGCCAAGCUCCUGUAAUUGUACAACAACCGACUACUGUUAUAAUUCCUCAAAACUUCGGUCAUAGAUCUCAGGCUGUAACCUGUCCAUUCUGUCAGCAAACUAUAUCAAGCAGUGUUACCUACGAAAGCGGAGUCUUCACAUGGCUUAUGUGUGGAGUUGUCGCUAUAUUAGGAGGAAUUAUUUGCUGUUGUUUGAUACCAUUUUGCGUUGAUGGGUGUAAGGAUGCCGUUCAUGCAUGCCCGAAAUGCAAACGUAUGCUUGGUUCAUAUAAGAUAAUUUAG